GACAGGAAGUGAGAGCCCAAAGCUAGUGUGCUUUCAGUUCAGUUUUCACAGAAGUGCAAUUAAAGACUUCAAAAACAUACUCAAGCAAAGUAGAUUGGUGGAUAGUGUAUACAAUGCUGAAUCUCAUCAUCCUGAUUCUUUACCUCCAAGCGGAUCGUGGGGUGGCUGCAGAAAAGACAUGGACGGUAGAAAUUCCUGAAUCUGUGACGGGGUUGAAGAGCUCCUGUGUUGUAGUCCCAUGUAGAUAUGACUAUCCACACCAAGGAGAAUCCAUCAGCAGCUGGAAAGGACGUUGGUACCUUGCUCCAAAUGAUGUCUAUGUGUAUGACCAAGAUUCUUCAACAGUGGAUGCUCGUUACCAGAUGCGCACCGCAUUGGUAGGGGAGUUACGUGAAAAGAAUUGUUCACUUCAGAUAACUGACAUUAAGAAGAAUGACCAAGGACAGUAUUGGUUUAGAAUUAUGAUGGAAGGAUACAAUUCCUACUCCUAUUCUGAAAAAAAAAUUACCAUCUCAGUCAAAGAUGAGCCCAACCGUCCAUCAAUAUCUGGAGUGAUAAAGGAAGUGAGGUCUGGAGAAAUUGUGACUGUUUCCUGUUCCGCGUCUCAUUCCUGUCCCCCUCACCCUCCCACCAUUACCUGGAGCCGUGACGGCAGGGUCACCGUCCAAUCAGAGCCACUGACAGGGGGACAACAUAAACUGACCUCCAGCUUGUCCUUUAAUGCCAACGCCUCGGACCACCAACAGCCAAUCACAUGCUCUGUACAGCAUCAUGGUGGGAAGAAAGCCAUCAACUCUGUCAUCCUCAAAGUGACAUAUGCCCCAGUUAAUGUAACAAUUUCCCCACGGGAACCCUCUGUGCUUGAGAACGGCUCUAUCAGCUUAAGCUGCUUGGCUGAAGGAAAUCCUGAAGUUGACAGCUACCAGUGGCGCAAUGGGAGUGGGCCUCUGUCUGUACAGGGCAAAUCCCUCAAGUUGUCCAGUGUCACCAGACGCAUCCACGCCAUUACCUGUGUGGCCAGGAACCGUGAGGGAGAGACUGCUUCCAGACCCGUGAGGAUUAAUGUGGAAUAUCCUCCAGAAAUAUCUGAGCAGUCUUUCUGCACGAGAGGCCACUCAGGCACUCAGUGCAGCUGCACUGUCCAGUCCAAUCCCCCUUCCAUUGUGCGGUGGGUCUGGGACCAUGGAGAGAAUGAAUCUCCUCAGAUAAAGAAUGGCACAACGGCUGUGGCAAUGGACCUCCUUCCGCCCAAUCUUCACCAGGCAGUGUGCAUGGCCAGUAAUAAACAUGGCAAUGCAAUGAAAAUACUCUACAUCAAAAAUGACCUGCUGUAUGUCUAUGUAUCAGUGGGCGCAGGCUGCGCUUUGAUCCUCUUUCUGACCGUCAUCUGUCUCAGUCGCAGGAAGCGCUGUAGGCAACAGCAGCAGAAUUUGGAAAGAGAAAAUUCUAGGAAGAAAUGUGAAAAAGAAAAUCAUGUCUACAAUUCACAAGAGGUAAAAGGAGGACAACCAUGCUGUGUAGUGGAUGAAGAUUUGUAUGGUAAUGAAGCUAUGCAGGAUGCUGACGACGAUGGAGAGAUCUAUGCAAACAAUUGUCAUGGAUGCGGUGAAGACGAUGACAUUUACGCCAAUUGCUAGAGCCAGUGGAUACAACAAGAGGCGUCUAUCCAACUGCUGCAGUCCCAAGACCACCAGAGGCCCCGUGAGUGGAACUCUGUAAUCCGACGAUGCACAUCUCACAAAAAAAAAAAAAAAUAAUAAUCACACAAACAAGAAAACACAACAUUAUAUUGUGUGUAAUAAUAUUUUUCACUUUUUGCCAAUACAGUGCUUUUUUUUCCAUGUACAUAUGUUAGCAGUUAGUACCCAGAUUUGAUAAAAAAAAACAUUUUCUUUUUUUGCUUCUACAUUGUUUAUCAUGAUAUAGUUUAUCAUUUGAAUAUUUGAAUAUACUACAUAAUAUUGAAUAGACUAAUAGAAAUAUGAAGUAAUACCAGAAACCAAAUGGACUGAAUUACUGUAUAGAUUCAUCUGCAAUAUCAAGUAAAUGUUCUGAUCUUUCAAAUAUGUUUUUAAGGAAUUUUUCUGACUGUAUUGCCUAUUUUAGUCUUAGCAAUAAUUUGAGUUUAAACGUGUGUAUGUUUAAUGUACUGUCAAAAGAAAUAAUACAUUUAGUUGUAUAAUGCUGACCUGUUCAACUGCUCAAUCAUUUAGCACCAACAUCUCUCAUGGAUAAAAAGCCUGUGAAAAUGUAAGGACUGUGUAGAUUGCCUACACUUUCAGUGAACGCUUGCUCCUGUCUGCAAGGUGUUUGAGGCGAACCAGCUCCCUUUCUACUGCAAAACAAGUCAGGGAUGCAUUCGGAGAGAACAAUCAAGUUGAGAGUUUGCAGAAAGUGAAAAAGCAGAGCUGGAAGUCUGUUUUAUUUCUUGUUGCUUUCCCAUGUCUGUCACACAGCCGUGGGUCACACAGAGGUGGUUGCAGUUGAUAUGUAAAUAUGUGUUUGAGUAGAAAAUGAUCUGGUCUUAUUUAGCACAGUGAUUCCCAGACUUGUCAUGGUAGGUCUCCCUAUCACCAUGGUAUAGAAUAUGAAAUGCCCAUACCAGCCAGUUAAUAAUAAUAAUAAUAAUAAUAAUAAUAAUAACAAUAAUAAUAAUAAUAAUUAUAAAAACAAACUUAAACAUAGUCUGUACAUUUCAACUGUAAAUAUAUCCCAUUUAAUUAAUUAGUUAAACUAAUAAUCAUUUUUAAAAAAGCUGUCAGUUGUGGCAUAGCUUUUGUUAACAUUGUGUCUGCAUUUGACUAGAUUGAUCUUUUCCCAUUUCAUUUCCUGAAUCAGUUCAAUGGCAUAUUUUAUCAAUUAAACGUUUUUUGAUUUGA